UGAUUCCAAUAUAUUAAAGAGCUGUGCAUAUGCUGGUUUCCUUUUAAACAGUUCAAUACGGUGAAGUCAGUGUGCUUGGCUGAGAUUAACGCUAAAUAUAGAUCCAUAGAGACAGUCUGUUUCAUGACUGCCUUCAUGGGUCCUGCAGGGGCUGACAGGCUCCUAUGGGGCUAAAAGUGGAGGGGAACAGCAGUACAAGUUCUGCUCUGGGGCUUUGGCACGGGCUGAGUUCCUCCACACUGGCCUUUUACCUGAACGUGGCUAUGUUAUACAAUGGAGAAAACUUCUUUGGAAAUUAACCUCCCCAAUACUGAUGAAGAAAGAAAGCUUUACGUAGUUGAUUCCUUAAACAACCUGAACAAACUAAAUGUUUGCCCAGAUGAAUUUCAGCGUCCACUGGGUGAGGACGUUGAGAGCACUGGUGGUACUAGAGAGAACCUAACAGGGAGCAAAACAAGAAACCAGUGCUACUUCUUCAUUGCCUUCAUUCUUACUUUGAUUGUCAGUUUGGCAAUUGUUUCAUUUGUAAUAUUCUUAAUAAUUCAAACUAGAAACAAGAUGGACCAAAUAUCAAGCAGACUCAUAUCUGAAAGGAAGAACAUAGAAGAGCUUAAGAAAAUGAACAAUAUGAUACUUAAGUAUCUAAAUCAAUCAGGAAUGAUGGAAAAGGAAAGAUACCUCUUCACACAGUCUCCUGAGCUUCAUGAUUACUUCUUCACCCAUCCAGAAAUGAAAGUCUCUGGAAAAUAGAUCUACUCUGGAAUGAAACUCAGCAUCACUUUAUUCAUGUAUUCAGAUGUUUUCACGUAUGAUAUACAGACAUUCUGAUAUGGUCACAGGAAAAUUACAAAGGCUAUCUGAAUGAAAAAUAUUAGAAAAGAAUAUUGGAUUCUGUUUGAUGUGAACACAGAUUUUGAAAACUAAGCCCAUGUAAUUCACUAUGAACAGUGAAUGGUCAACAAUUUUCAGUAGCUUCAGAUUCUCUGUGCGUUCUAAAUUACAGAGCUAGGAGCUUAGUUUUACUUCAGAUGUAAGAGAUCACAUAGAAUAGUGAUUUUUACUCAAGUGAUUCCUGCAUGGCCUUGUUGACAUUGGAACAACUUCUGUCUUUGCUUCUAUAUUAUUUGUAUUCAUGGAUAACUGCAGAUUUCAUCACUUACAAAUAAAUACAGUUUUGCCACUGA